AGCACUCUUAAGAAGCCCAAAGAAUAAAGAAAAACCAAAUUAAUAAACCCUGGCCGUAUCGGAGCCGAGCUUCCCCGAUAAACUCUACGACCGGACAUGGACUCCACUGACCCUCCUCUGGCCCUCGCCGCCGAUAAUCCUUCCGCCGUCUCCGACGACGACCUCCCUCCGGAGCACCACCAGCUGCAGUCUCCAUCUCCGCCUUCAACUGCUCUUGAUGCUCCCCAGUCCUCGCAGUCUAACUCUCCCCGCACUGAGACCGACCCCGACGUAGCUGCCUCCGACUUCCCGGACGGUGACGGCGAUGGCGAAGGCGAUGAAGAAGAAGACGAGUCUUCCGAGCCCGUGCCGGAGACACAGAACAACCUCGUCGAUGGUGACUCCUCUGAAACCCUACCCGACGCUCAGAUCCAGACGGCGUCCGAGCCGGACCGGGUCGCACCCGGACCUAUACGGAGGAAGCGCCGCCGCAGGAAGAGGUUCUUCACGGAGCUCAACGGAAGUGCGUCACUUGCCGGACACCGCCGACACCGGAUUGGCGAUCCGGCGAAGGAGAUGGAUACCGAAGCCCUAAUUGCUAUCUCAGUGGGGUUUCCCGUGGACUCGCUCACGGAGGAGGAGAUCGAGGCAAAUGUGGUGGCUGCCAUCGGAGGACCGGAGCAGACGAACUACAUAAUCGUCCGGAACCAUAUCCUUGCUCGGUGGAGAUCCAACGUCUCCAUGUGGCUGACCUUCGAACAAGCGCUCGAUGCCAUCCGGCCGGAGCAUAAAACCUUAGUCCAGUCAGCUUAUCGGUUUCUCCUUGAGCACGGCUACAUUAACUUCGGAGUCGCGCCUCCUAUUAGGGAGGCAAAGCUGCGGUCCUUCGACGGAGUUGACCGGGCCAACGUGGUGGUCAUCGGAGCUGGGCUGGCAGGCCUGGUCGCCGCGAGGCAGCUGGUGUUUCUGGGGUUUAAGGUCGUGGUCUUGGAAGGCAGGGCGAGGCCGGGCGGCCGUGUGAAGACAAGGAAGAUGGCCGGCAAUGGGGUGGUCGCGGCGGCUGAUCUCGGCGGCAGCGUCCUCACCGGGAUAAAUGGGAAUCCACUGGGGGUCUUGGCGAGGCAGCUCGGGCUACCACUCCACAAGGUGAGAGACAUAUGCCCUCUGUAUCUCCCAAAUGGCAGAGCUGUGAACGAAGAUAUCGAUUCGAAGGUGGAGGUUUCUUUCAAUAAGUUGCUGGAUAGAGUCUGUAACCUUAGGCAGUCAAUGAUUGAGGAAGUAAAGUCGGUCGAUGUUCCCUUGGGGACUGCCCUCGAAGCUUUCCGGCGAGUUUAUAGUGUGGCGGAAGACUCCCAGGAGCGAAUGCUCUUGGACUGGCAUCUUGCAAAUUUGGAAUAUGCGAACGCUUCCCUAAUGUCUCACUUGUCGAUGGCCUACUGGGAUCAAGAUGACCCAUAUGAAAUGGGCGGUGAUCAUUGCUUCAUUCCUGGAGGAAACGAGAGGUUUGUAAGGGAGUUAGCUUCAGACUUGCCCAUAUUCUACGAAAAGACUGUGGAGAGUAUUAGAUAUGGAACUGAUGGGGCUCUAGUCUAUGCGGGUGGGCAGGAGUUUCGUGGGGAUAUGGUCCUCUGUACAGUCCCUCUAGGUGUGUUAAAGAAGGGGACAAUUGAGUUCGUCCCUGAGCUUCCUAAGCGGAAGCUCAAUGCCAUAGAGAGGCUGGGGUUUGGCUUGCUGAAUAAGGUCGCAAUGUUGUUCACCUACAACUUCUGGGGAGCUGAUAUCGACACCUUCGGGCAUUUGGCGGAGGACUCUUCCAUGAGGGGCGAGUUCUUCUUGUUCUACAGUUACCACUCAGUCUCCGGGGGACCUCUCCUCAUUGCGCUUGUUGCGGGGGAAGCUGCAAUCAAGUUCGAGAUGAUGUCUCCAGCGGAAUCGGUCAACAGGGUUUUAGACGUUUUGAGGGGCAUAUUUAAGCCGAAGGGCAUAGUUGUUCCUGACCCAGUUCAAGCAGUCUGUACCAGGUGGGGCAAGGACCACUUCACUUAUGGGUCGUAUUCUUAUGUUGCAGUCGGGUCUUCUGGGGACGAUUACGAUAUUCUGUCAGAGAGCGUGGGAGAUGGGAGAGUCUUUUUCGCUGGAGAGGCAACUAACAAGCAGUAUCCCGCUACGAUGCAUGGUGCUUUUCUCAGUGGCAUGAGAGAGGCUUCUAACAUUCUUAGGAUGGCUAGGACAAGAGGUAUUGGUUCGCAGUCGGUACAAUAACGGGGAAGCUUGUAAGAUUAUUCUCAGAUUUCAGGUCAUAAUAACCUUGACUUUGAUAUUGUGUGAAGGGAGCAAGCAUACUAUGCUGGUUUCCGAGGGUGCGAGGGUAACGUAAAUGGUAGAAAUUGCAUUGGCUGUAGCAACUAGGCAUGACCACUGACUUAUUCUUCGGGAAGAGUACAUCAAGUUCCUUAUUCCAUUUUAAGGCUUGUGGAUAAUGAUUAAUGUUCGCUCAUUGCAUCUUUAGUGAUUAGGCAGACAACCAACACGAGGCAAGAGCUUUGUCUAGGUACUUUCUGGGAGUCUAGGACAGUGGGUAGCCUGUUCGGUUCAUGUAACAUCACAUUGUUGUACGAGAUUUAUUGGGAGACUGUCUUCGGGACACUGAUAAAUUCCCGUCUUCUGUGUGGUCUUCUGGAUCGUUUUUGCUGUGAUUGCUCGUGUUCCACUGUUUGAUGGGGAAAAAAAAAAGGUUGCACCAUUAGUUGAA